UCGUGAGCUUACUUACUCACACUUGGUCGUUUCGUCCCGACGCAUCCGGACGUUCCCUUUUCUUGCUUCUGACAUUUCUCCCUCGUGUCAACCCGUUUUUUUCCUCAUCCUCCUCAAUUCGUUUUGUUCCUUCCUCUUCUCUCGUCGGCCGGGAACGACGUUUUCUGAAUCUCGCUCGAGUAAACGCGGACGUUAUUGUUAUCGUUCGUCGAUACGUCGCCAGUAAGGGGCCGCAGGGUGGGGUACAAGCGCACAAGUUUAAGAAGACCGAGAGAAGAAGAAGCAGAAGAGGAAAUCCAAGCGAACAAACUGCCGGCGCGCUUUGUUCCGCUCGAUUGCUCAUAGCGGUGAAUACGAUCGUGUUCGAUGAUCGAGAUUGUGUCGAUAACGAGAGCGGAUAGACUAUAUAAUCGGGGCUCAAUUAGCUCGUGUCUCGGAACGAUCCCCGGGGUUGAUGAUCGAUAAUUCGUAAGGCGAUCGAUAGUGUCCGUGCUGCUUCAGUGAUUAGUCACGUGCUUGCGAGACAUCGCUUCGUUUAUUCUCGGCCAAAUAUGAGGAAAAAGAAUCUACCGGUCGUUCACAAACUGGUUCGCGAUCAUGAUCAAAUUCAGCAGCAAACGGACGUUCGAUCAAGUUUGGACCAUUUCUCGAGCACGCCGAUUAAAUCACUUCCGGGUAAAAGGGAGGAUACCCCUCCGACAUCGCUAACGUCCCUGGCACCUUUAACCAGUUUGGCGAACUUACCGAACAGCACCCUUUCCUCUACGCCGCUGUCGCUCGCAUCAGCGUCAAAGUUGCUCACGCCAACGGACAACAAGAGUCUCAUGAGCCAGGCGACGAUAGUCAGUUCGUCGACGGUGAAUGGUGUCGCCAGUGGCGGUGCACCGACAGCGAUGUACAGACCUAACUUCAGCCAGGCGUUCCAACGUGCCGGGCCUACAACGGUACCGCCGACCGGUACCCUCUCAUCUGGACUGUACCCGACCCAAAGUUUCUCGGGCCUACUGAGCAACGGUACACAAAGACCGACGGAUCUUAGCAUGAAGAACACGAAGCCACUGUUAAGUCACAAGUUGAACGCGACGGAAAUGACCGCGGUGAGGCAACUAAUAACUGGAUAUCGGGAAUCCGCCGCCUUUUUGCUCAGAUCUGCCGAUGAAUUGGAACAACUAUUGCUCCAGCAACCAUAGAGCUAUCUUUAUAUGACCAGCGCUCAACCGCUUGGCUCAUAAUCACAAUAAUCGAGAAAGCGAUGCGAGUAUACCAUACUAUGAGCACUACGAGCUCUAUUUGAUCAUCGAGAGUAACGUUGAAGUCAGCGUAGAUUCAUUGAUAGUACUUCAAGGUCGUUUGUACUCUGUCGGCAAUGUGACUUUCAAUAUAAAUUUACCCUCUGCUGCAAAGGUCUCUGGACCACUUGCGCUAAAAGGAUCGAUUCAAUCUGACAAGACGAGAGUGCAAAAUCUUAUUUACAUGAGGAACUAAUUCGAGAAUAAUGUAUCAGAAAUUAAUCGGAGUUACUUCAUAAUAAACAGAAAAGAUUUCUUUGACAAAAAGAUAGAAAUCGAGUUUGAGAAAUGGCGACGCAAGGCUCAUAUUCCUCUCUAAAUACAUCCUGUUCGAAUAGUUUCCUUAACUCUAGAAUUAGAAAUGUGUCGUGGCAACGCGCGUAAUAAAAUAUUAAUUUUUUAUUCAUUUUCUAUUUUUCUUAAAAAUAAAGUUCUCUCUAAAAAGAAGCGACGCUUAUG